AUGAGAUUUUGCGUCUUCUUAUCUUUGUUAUUUUUAAAUAUUAAUUUAGAAGUGUUUGCUAAUGGGAUAGGUAAUCGCUAUUUUUUGGAAAAGCAGCGUUCUUUGUUGGAAAUUUUGCAUCAUGUUCAGGAACCUUUGUUGAACGAUCAAUGGAGAUCAUUGGGAGAGCAGUUGGUAACCGAUAAAGAGCAGUACGUGUUUUACAACAAACACAUGACCGAGUUCUAUAAGGCUUUUAAUUUGGGAAAAUUAUUACACAGAAAUGCAUACUACAAUCCACUCUUUGCCGAUCAUUAUCAACAGACGCUGGGACUUUAUCACUUUUUCUAUAACACCAGGGAUUGGUAUACCUUAUGGCAAAAUAUUUGCUGGGCACGGGUUCAUAUAAAUCCGGGUAUUUUUGUUCAAGCUCUGACGCAAGUUCUAUUCAAAAGGGAGGAUUAUCAGGCCCUGAUUAUGCCCAAGAUUUAUGAAUUGUGGCCGGAAUCGUAUCACGAUGAUAUAACUGUGAGCAAGGCCAGGAAAUUUAAUUAUGCCAACUGGAUCAGAUACGAGAAUACAGGUGAUAUUGAGGAAAUCCAUCCGCAAAAAAUGGAACCCUUAAAUUUGGAAGGAGAUCUGAGAAGUUCCCUUGAAUGGUUUCAGGCCAUGGCCGAUGUGAGUAUACUAAGAAUGAAACAACCAAAAAAGCGGAAGCAACUCUAUUACUUGUUAGAGGAUAUUGGCUGGCAGUCGUAUUGGUAUAAUUUGAACAUUGGCAUUGCUUUUACUGAAGAAAAUUCAAUUGAGUUGCAGGAAUGGUGGUACUUUCAAUUAAGCCAAUUACUAGCUCGAUAUAAACUUGAACGAUAUGGCCAGAAGCUGACGUAUAAAACGUUAGCACCAGAAGAGGAUAUAAAAAGACAAAAUCAUCGUUUUGAAGAAGAGUCCCCAAAAACUUCACGAAUUAUUUUUAAAAGACUGGAAAAAUUAGAGGAAAGAGUAGCGGAUGCUAUCACUUUCAGAAGUUUUCAGCUAAAUAAUGGCAGUUUAAUUAAUCUGGAUGUGGAUGACAAUUGGCUUAUUGGACUUGGAGAAAUAUUCCCCUACGAUUGGACACAAUUAACUAUAGAACAAGAUAUACAACCUGAACUUUUACUGGAUAUUCGAACCACACUGAGAUCAGAAAACUUUUACUAUUAUGCUGAACGGGUGUUGCAGGCAUAUCGUUGGUAUCGUCAGGUGUUCCAACCCUCUGAUCAGAAAAUCUUUAUUCCCAGUGAUUUUCGCAUUGAUGAUAUGCAGAUAAGUCCCCUGAUCACCUACGAUCAACAGGUUGAUGUAGAUCUAAGUAAUAUCCUACAUGCAAAGCACUUUUACCUAGCAGGACAGUUUGUGUGGCCAUUCACCUUGCAACAGCAACAGUUUCGAUUUCAACACAAGGAUUUCACAUAUAACCUGCAAAUCUCAAGCAACAAAACGCAGUCUACAAUUUUUAGAACUUUUCUAACAACUUCAGAACGGGGACGCAUUCAAAGGGAGCCCUUCUAUCAACUGGAUUCUUUUCUAACAGUGAUAUACCCAGGAUUAAAUAGAAUAUCAAGGGAAUCGAAUGACUUUAGAGGACUGAUUGGCGAUCACAUAUCAUUUACUGAGCUCCAUCAGUUCGUGAAACUGGCCGAAAGGGAGGAAUACGACUUUCCCUUGAAUAUAUCGACUCCUAAUUGUGGAUUCCCUAGGCGUCUGAUGUUACCACGGGGUGGCAGGGGAAAUCCUUUGAAGAUGCGUCUUCUGAUCGUGGCCACUGUCUAUGAUUUCAAGGCUCGACAGGGCAAUGAACUAUACUGUGACUUCAGCAAGGGUAUUAGUCGAUGGGAUGAAUUGCCAUUGGCGUAUCCCUUUGAUCGAUUUUUGGACGAUGAUAUCCAGGCUGUGGAAAUCUCCGGUGACCAUGUGUUCUGGAAAGAUGUGCAAAUCAUGCAUGAGGAUUUUUAA